AUGGACAAAAGUUGGAUGAAUGACCCCGAUAGGCUCGUAUCACCUGCAUACGCCGAAGGCGUUAAAUAUUUCCUCGCACAAGCACGAAACCAUGCAAGUGGAAGGGAUCGCAUCCGGUGUCCAUGUCGUGCAUGCCUUAACAAUCUGUGGCUGCCUAUAUUUGAGGUGGAAACUCAUUUGUUUAUGAAAGGGAUCAACCCAAACUACACGCAGUGGAUAUUUCAUGGGGAGGAGGAUACAACAUGGAACAUGAGUGAUGAAGAUAUUGAUGAUGAUAUCAACCAAGAAGACGAUUACAUAGAUGACAUGCAGGAUAUGUUGGAUGACAUCCGGGCAGGCACCUUCGAUGAUGCGCUCCAAGAUAGCACUCCUGCGGCAAACAGGCCACGAGAGACGGUAGAUUCAUUAUCUUUCCAGCAACUACUAGAGGAUGCCCGACGUCCGUUAUUUGAUGGGUGUACAAAAUUUUCAAAACUGUCAUUCGUGGUCAAGUUGUUACACAUCAAAUCAAUCGGUGGGUGGUCAAUUAAGUCAUUUGACAUUCUACUUGAUUUGUUGAGGUCUGCCUUUCCUGAUGCCCUAUUGCCACAAUCAUAUGAGGAGUCAAGGUCGUUGGAGCGCGGUUUGGGCUUCAAAUACCACAAAAUCCAUGCGUGCCCCAACGACUGCAUCUUAUUUUGGAAGGAAAAUGCAGCUCUUAAUGAAUGCCCUGUAUGUAAGGCUUCGAGGUGGAUACCAAAUACACACGGACAGCGCGCGGUACCUCAAAAAGUGUUGCGUCACUUUCCUUUGAAACCGAGAUUGCAGCGUCUCUUCAUGUCUGCAAAGAUAGCAGGUGAUAUGCGAUGGCACAAAGAGCAACAGACGAAAGAAGAUAGUUGUAUGAGACAUCCGGCCGACUCUGAGUGCUGGAAGAAAUUUGAUGAAGAUCAUGGCUGGUUCGCUUUAGAUCCUCGCAAUGUUAGGCUCGGUCUGGCAAGUGAUGGCUUCACUCCAUUCAACAACUUGGCUAAACCUCAUAGCAUUUGGCCAGUGAUCCUUGUCCCCUAUAACUUGCCGCCGUGGUCAUGCAUGAAAGACCAAUUCUUCAUAACAUCUCUGAUUAUUCCUGGCCCAAGGUCACCAGGGAAUGAGAUUGAUGUAUACUUGCAGCCGUUGAUCGAUGAACUGCUUGAAUUUUGGGUAGAUGGGGUACCUACAUAUGAUGCCUCAACUAAGGAGACGUUUAUGUUGCAUGCUGCCUUAUUGUGGACAAUCAACGAUUUUCCUGCCUACGGGAAUCUGUCUGGCUGGUCAACAAAGGGAAAAUUGGCUUGUCCAUCUUGCAAUGCAGACACAAACUCUAAUUGGUUGAAAUAUGGCCGAAAACAUUGUUACAUGGGACAUCGUCGUUUCUUACCCCCAGAUCACAUAUGGAGAAGGAAGAAAUGGUUGUUCAACAGUAGAGAAGAUCAUCGCAUGCCACCAAGGGAAUUUGGUCCUGAAGAGAUUCAAAAUCAAUUGCAAAUGAUUGGGGAUGUUCAGUUUGGCAAAUCUCAUAGGAAGAAAAAACGCACUGCUGAAGAGCUGAACUGGACAAAGUGUAGCAUAUUCUUCGUGUUACCUUAUUGGUCAACACUUCGACUUCGGCAUAAUUUAGAUGUUAUGCAUAUUGAGAAGAAUAUUGCCGACAACAUCUUAUUCACUUUAAUGAACAGUCCAGGGAAAAGUAAGGAUAACAUCAAUUCAAGGCGUGACUUAGAGCUUUUGGGCUAUAGAAAAGAAUUACACUUGAUAUGGCAUGGUGAUCGUAUGGGUUCGCUUCCAAUAUCUCGAACUGUGUAUCUCGAUGUGACUGCAAAAUCUCAAGGUUGA